UGCUAGUUUUACUGUAUUUAAAUGAGGUGCUUCUCUUCAGCUUUUGUGUUCAAAUAUAGGUGCCCAUUGGAAUUUAUUUUCAUCCACUUUUUUUUAAUGUAAGGAGGGAAAAUGACUGCUGGUUCAGUGUGUGUCCCUCAGAUCAUACCACUGCGAGUGCCUCAGCCUGGAAAAGCCAACCAUGAAAUUGAUAACAAUACACUUUUGGAAAUGAAAUCGGACACCCCAGAUGUCAACAUAUAUUAUACCCUGGAUGGCAGCAAACCUGAAUUUCUAAAGAGACUUGGUUAUGGUGAAAAUAAUACAUUUAAGUAUACGGAGCCUAUUACUCUGCCUGAUGGAAAAAUACAAGUUAAAGCUAUUGCAGUCUCUAAAGACUGCCGACAGAGUGGCGUUGUAACAAAGGUGUUCCAGGUGGACUAUGAACCACCGAAUACAGUUUCUUCAGAAGACAAUAUUGGAAAUGUUCUCAAAGAUUCUUCAAAGCAGGAAUUGAAAAAUGGAUUUGUUGGGGCAAAACUAAGGAAGAAAUAUAAGAAUGCUGAAAAUAAACUGGGUUGGAAUGUUAACCUUAGAAAGUUUCCAGACCUCAACUUAGAUGAAGGAGCUGACCCUAAAACUCUGAAAUAUCUUUGCUUCUCAGCGAGUCCACUGGAAACCCCAGCUUACCGUGAAGAAUCAGGUUCUAGACCACCUACCCACCAGUCCCAGUUCCCUGGUUUUGCAAACAUAACUGGCCAGAAGAGUUUGACAAGCACAGAGAUCAUGCGAAUUCAAAGGGAGACAGACUUUCUCAAGUGUGCCCACUGUCUUGCCCCUCGCCCAUCUGAUCCCUUUGCUCGCUUCUGUCAAGAAUGUGGCUCUCCUGUCCCACCCAUAUUUGGCUGUCGUCUUCCACCCCCAGAAGGAGCUCAGAUGGGCUUAUGUGCAGAAUGUGGAAGCAUGGUGCCCAUGAACACUCCCAUCUGUGUGGUGUGUGAGGCCCCUCUUACUCUACAGCUGCAGCCACAGGCCAGCCUCCGCUUGAAGGAGAAAGUAAUUUGCCGCACCUGUGGCACAGGGAAUCCUGCUCACCUGAAAUACUGUGUCACCUGUGAGGGAGCCCUGCCUUCAACACAAGAGUCUGCGUGCAGGGGAGAUAAAGCCCCUCCUCCGCGCACUCAGAAAGGGGAGACCAUUUCCUGCUCCAAAUGUGGGCGCCGGAAUCGCCGAGAAGCUUGCUUCUGUGACUGGUGUGGAGCCACGCCUGGCAUUCCUGCUCGCUUCUCUGUUUGCCCUAAAUGUGGGGCCAGCAAUCACCCAUCUGCCCGAUUCUGUGGCUCCUGUGGUGUUUGUGUCAAGUCCUUGGCAAGACUUAGUGUGGAUGACAGGCUAGCUCCAGCUGCUGGAGAACCUGGCCCUUUUGCUGAGCCCCAAUCUGCCUGGCAGUCGCUAAGUGUUUCUUGCCCCAAACCUGAUGCUGGGACUAAGAAGGCUGUAGGAACACAGACCACUGGCCUGUUCUACCCAUCUGGCAAACUGCUAGCCAAAAGGGAACUGGAAGUGGCUUCUCAGAAGCAGACGCAGGAGAAGAUGAGUGACCACAAACCUCUCCUUACAGCCGUCAGCCCCGGACGAGGAUACUGGAGAAAACAGUUGGAUCACAUCUCUGCUCACCUCAGGUCUUAUGCUCAGAACAACCCUGAAUUCCGGGCCUUGAUUGCAGAACCCAGGAUGGGAAAGCUUGUCUCUGCUACUGUCCAUGAAGAUGGCUAUGAAGUUAGCAUCAGGCUGAAUUAUAUUCAAGUAUCAAACAAAAACCUUUCCCUCAACAAGGCGGUGAAUUUCAGCGACCACUUUCUGAGCAGUGGUAAUGGGCUGUUCGGCAGCAGGUCCAGCUCGGUGAGUGACUACAGCCAUAGCACCUCAGACACCACUGAAAACAUCAAGAGGACAAAGAAUUUCAAGACCAAGAAAUUUCAAGAAAAGAAGGGGCAGCUUAUACCUGAAAACAGACUUCUGCUGAAGGAAGUGGGACCGACAGGGGAAGGAAGAGUCUCUGUGAUUGAACAGCUGCUUGAUGAAGGAGCAGAUGCCAACUGCAGCGAUGAUGAAGACCGACCUGUUAUAACCGUGGCUGUUGUGAACAAGCACCAUGAAGCGAUUCCAGUUCUCGCGCAGAGAGGAGCAGAUGUCGACCAGCAGUGGGGCCCGCUCCGAAAUACAGCUCUUCAUGAAGCAACUCUGCUUGGCCUGGCAGGGAGGGAGUGCAUCGCUGCUUUACUGCGAUGCAACGCAAGCAUCCGAAAGAAGAACGCAAGAGGCCAGACAGCGCACGACCUGGCUCUGGAAAUCGGGGACGACCUGAUCACCUCGCUCUUUGCUGCUAAGCUCAGCCUAGAUGACUGUUAGACCCAAGGGUCUCUGCGGGACUGCACUGGAAGAAACCAUCCGGCUCUGGCAGUUCUUUGUUUCUUUCUGAAAUGUGUGUUUGAGGUUUGGGAAUUGAAGUUGAGAGAAACUCAUAGAUUUUUUUUUUUUAGUUAUAUGGCAGUGUAAGCCACCAACACCACAUGGGCAUUUCCCAAUAUGCCCUGGAUGGUGAUGAACUUAAUGUGUGGUUUUUAAUGGUUUAUUGCUGCUUAUUUUAGAAUUUUCUUUUAAAUUUAUUUUUCAAUAAAUAAUAAUUGCACAUGGUUCCAAGUUAAAAAGUAUAAAGUAUUAUGUAGUAAAAAAAAGCUUCCUCCCAUCCCUGUACCACAGCCACCCACUUCCCCUCCUCAAAGGCAGGCAAUGAUACCAGUGUCAUCUAUGUCUUUCUAGAAAUAGUAUAGGAUUAUAUAAGCACGUGUAUUUAAUACAUGCAUACAUACAUAUAGAGUAUACAUAAAAUAUAAACAGAGAUAACACAUAUAUAUUCUUUCCCCACUUUUAAGACGAAUAAUAGCAAACCACACACUGUUCUGUAUCUUGUUCUUUUGCUUAAUAUAUCUUGUAGGUGGUUCCAAAUUAGCACAUAAAGAUUGAGUUUAUUUAAAAUGUUUUUUUCUUAUGUUGAUCUCAUCAAUAUUCCUAUUAUGGUUUGUUCUUUGGUUGACAAGCUUUGAAUAAACCAUUUGCAGGAAUGUGUAA